UUCCCAACAAGGGGAUGUGAGUUAAAGGGACGUCACUUCCACUUGGUGCGCGCGCGGAAGAUGGCGACGUCCCUGGGAUCAAAUACAUACAACAGACAGAACUGGGAAGAUUCGGACUUCCCUAUUCUCUGUCAAACAUGUUUAGGUGAAAAUCCAUAUAUUCGUAUGACCAAGGAAAAAUAUGGCAAAGAAUGUAAGAUCUGUGCUCGUCCAUUCACUGUUUUCCGCUGGUGUCCUGGUGUGCGAAUGCGCUUUAAGAAAACUGAAGUCUGUCAGACCUGCAGUAAGAUGAAAAAUGUCUGUCAGACCUGUCUGCUGGACCUAGAGUACGGUCUUCCUAUUCAGGUCAGAGACACAAGUCUGUCCAUUAAAGACGAGAUGCCAAGAUCUGAUGUGAACAAGGAGUAUUACACACAGAAUAUGGAGAGAGAGAUCCAAAACUCUGAUGACACGAGACCUGUGGGGAUGCUGGGUAAAGCUCAGAAACCUAGCGACAUGCUGCUCAAACUGGCCCGAACAUCACCGUACUACAAACGCAACAGACCUCACAUCUGCUCAUUCUGGGUAAAGGGAGAAUGCAAGAGAGGGGAGGAGUGUCCAUACAGGCACGAGAAGCCCACAGAUCCUGAUGACCCUCUCGCCGAUCAAAACAUUAAAGAUCGCUAUUACGGCAUCAAUGACCCGGUGGCGAAUAAACUCCUGAAUAGAGCGUCGGCCAUGCCACACCUGGAUGUGCCCGAGGACAAGUCCAUCACUACAUUAUACAUAGGAGGAUUGGGAGAAGACAUUACUGAUUCUGAGCUCAGGAGUCACUUCUAUCAGUUCGGGGAAAUUCGUACGAUCACACUGGUUCAGAAGCAGCAGUGUGCGUUCAUUCAGUUCGCCACGCGUCAGGGAGCGGAGCACGCCGCCGAGAAAUCCUUCAACAAGCUCAUCAUUAACGGCCGUAGACUGGCGGUGAAGUGGGGUCGUUCUCAAGGCGCUAAAGGCAAAGACAUCAGUGAGGGCUUCAGUGAGAUGGGCACCAGACUGGAUCCAGUACCUGGUCUGCCAGCACCUCUACCGCCACCUACAGCUCUGGAGAAUGAAGCCCCAGCCAAUUACUUUAAUCUGGACCCUAGUGGUCCUGCGGUAAUGAACCUCAGUCUUCCCCCUCCACCUGGACUCCCAAACCCACCACCACCAGGUUUUGGACAUCCCAUGUUCCACCCCAUGGGUCUUCCUCCACCUCCACCGAUGAGUUUAAGACCUCCUGGCCACAUUCACUACCCCUCCCAGGAUCCUCACCGCAUGGGUGCGCACUCUGCCAUUCGCCACUCUGAUUGAUUAACUCCUCCCACUUGGACUUCUUCUGCCAAUCGGGUGUUGUUCGUUUAGCAGUCGUGGUAAAGCUGCUGAAGAUGAAUGUAAACUGGCUCUGAAUGUGAUGUCAUCAGAGGGUGGAGCCUGAUCUGUGAUAUCAUGACUGGCGGGUAAAUAGAUGGCCCUGUCUGUUAGGUGCACACGCCGUGGGAGUUGCCAGUAAUGGCGAUGGUUGGAUUGAGUUUGACUUUGUAAUUCAGGUGGAUUGUAAUGCUAUUGUAUGGUACACCAGCACUUCUGUCACUAAGCUCAUCGACAGUCACUUUAUGCCUGUAGUACCUCAUGCAUCACAUCCUAAUAACUAUAAACAUGCUCUUAUUCUCCAUCUGAUGCUGGCACGCUUACAAGGAGAAAAUUGCAAUGGCUGCUUGUAUUAUGACACCAUUUUGCCAAAUCUCUGAGCGUGGAUCUUUAAUUUAAAGACAAAGCUCCUGCUGAUUUAAGUCUUGAGGAAAUACUAAAAUCGUUCUUCAGUAUAAAUGCCAAGAGCUAUUCAAAAACCUUUAUUAUGUUAUACACAUCUCUUUGGGGUUGAACACAUGAUUUAUUGAUCAUUUCAGAAAUUGCUUUUCUUUCUGUUUGUAAAUUAUUUUUGUUUAGGAAAAAAAAUUCUGAAAGUGUCAUUUUGAGAACAUUAAAGCAAAUGUCGUGAACAUUUUCUGUGUGCUGUAAGUCUUCAAUGUUUCGAAGUUUAUGUACCGUAUGAGAUCAUAAACUAUAUAUUAUUUUCAGAUUAUUAACAAUUUGUUAUUUUAUAAAUUAAGUGUUUUGUAUAGUAAUUAGUUGAUCUAAUUAAUGGUUAUGAAAAAUUACAGUUAAAAACAAACAAUGCUAUGGCUUUUGCCCCUUGAUUUUGGUUUGCAAUGUGACCAAAAAAAUUUUUAUGGGGUUGAUACUCUUUACUGUUUGGUUUAGUUAAAGUCUGUGUAAAGUCAUUUCAGAGAACUGUUUCUGAACAAUGUAGAUGUUAGACAUGUUUUGUUGAAACAUGUUACAAAGACUGUGGCACUGGGGCCACUGAGCAUGGCUCCGCCCCUAACACAAUUGUAAAGUUAAAGAGACGGUAGCUUCCCAGCAGUGGUUGUGGGUUUAUUGCCGACAGUGGGAACACCCCCAGCUUUGAGAGCAGAGAAUCUAUUUUUCAAAGAAAUUAAUAACUUUUUUACUUUGUGGGUUUUGAAAGGGACAAUAAGUAGGAUUUACCCCAUCUAGUGGUGAAAUUGUAUUUUGCAUUCAAAUGAUCAGUGCUCUCUAGCACCUCGCCUUUCCAAAUGCGUGUUGCAACUAUGGUAGCCGUUAUGUACUCACUGAUCUCCUUGUCCGUUUCAGCUGGUUCACGUGUCCUGAAUGAAAACGCAUUGUGGAAACGCGUUGGUAGGCUGGUGCUUUUUGUCCCUCUCUGCUAUCAAUACGGCGAAAUGACAUGGAAGCCUCCUUGGCUUCUUACCCGUUCAAUGUAAGUAAAGAGAAGAAAUUCUAAGCUUACAAAGAAAAGUCUGAUCAUUGACAUUGAUUUUGAUUAAUAAAACACUUAAAACCCUACUGUCCCUUUAAUUAUUCAAAUUUGUCUGGGUGGUUAAUAAAACAUCUGUCCGGGGAUUUGGC